AUGUCCGCCGCCGCCGGCACCACCACGACGUCCGACGAAAUCCUCCACCACACCUCCGCCUUCCUAUCGGAAAUCCUAUCCCAGCCGGACCUCCGCCGCCGUCUCUCCACCACCUUCCUCCAAAGACUCCCCACAAACCUCGUCAAGCCCCUAAGCUUCGCCUCCCAAACCCUAGAAACCGCCAUCUCCGCCGCCGCCGCCACCAGCCCCUCCGUCCGAUCAUCCUCCCUCCGCCUCGCCGAAAAAAUCCUCCUCUCCGAUAACAUUAACAACCCAGACAGCAACCCCUUCUCCUCGUUCCUCCUAUCCCUCGUCCACCACCUCCGCCGCCGCCCCGUCGACGCCGCCGUCAGCCUCCUCGACAUCUUCCGGUCCGACCCAUCAUUUUCCCGCCAAGAAAUCGCGCCGUUUCUCUUCCAGGAACUAUUCCUCGUCCAUUUCUCUCCGAUCACCGAACGGUACAACGAGCAGAGAUCCGAGAUCCUGUCGUCCUCCUCCAUACCGAACUCCGGCUACGACAGCGACCACGACUACGACGAGUCGAUAACGCCGUCGACGACGACGCUGCUGUCGAAAAUGAGCGGCGCUCAGGCCUCGUCGCUCAAGGGUUUGGAGAGGGAGUACGAGGUUCUAAUGGAGGAGAACUGCAGGAUAUUCGUCGACUAUUUUAAGGAUGUUCUGCUCAGAAACAACGACGAUCAAAUGAUUGCUCCGCCGACAAUUAUACUGCGUGCCGGCGCCGGUGAUGAUAAUAAUAAGCUUGUUUACAGUGAUGACGUGGCGAUCAAGAUUAACGGCCAUGAAUUUCGAUCCACAAACAGACGGUAUAAUGUAAUAUUUGAUUUUCUUCAAAUUCUAUGCUUUUUUUUUUUACCUUUAAUAUUUUUCUAUUCAUCUUCUGUGCAGCCAAUAUGGGCUGAAGAAGGAGAUAAACCAUCAAUUGAACUGAAAAAGACAUCCUCAAAACAAUCGAAGAAAACUACUCUAUCAUCAAACAAUCCGACAGACUGUUCUUCUUCAGAUUCCGAAUCAGCCGAUAAUAAACAAAAGGAAAAAAUCAAGAAACCCACAUUGUUCGAAUCCAGACAACAACAACAACAAAACCCACCUCUUCUUCCCUCACAAGAAUCGAUCCGUUCUUUCAUGGAGGAACCUGAAAUUAAUAUCUCCGGCGGCGCCGCCGCCGCCGCCGCCGCAAAAACCCCGUCACCGAAGGACUUCGUAUGUCCGAUCACCACACACAUAUUCGACGACCCUGUAACCCUAGAAACAGGGCAAACCUACGAGAGGAGAGCCAUUCAAGAAUGGCUCGACAGAGGGAACGCCACGUGUCCGAUCACACGGCAGAAGCUUCACAGUAUCCAUCUACCGAAAACGAAUUACGUGCUCAAACGCCUCAUCGCCAGCUGGCUCGACAGGAACCCAGGCUGCUCCCCGCCUACUCCAAUCGGCCAAUCGAAGCGUGCAGUUUCGCCGAAUAGCGUCAUAAGCCAAGCCGCGGUUGACGGAGCCGUGACCGAGCUCAAGCUGGCGAUAACCGAUCUCUGCACGUCCGAAAUCUUGAAGGAGGCCGAGAUCGCCGUUCUCAAAAUCGAGAGGCUAUGGAAAGAAUCGAACGUGGGCCCGGAAAUUAUGCAGGCCCUCCUUUCGAAGCCGCCCGUGGUUAACGGUUUUGUCGAGAUGUUGUUCAAUUCCGUGGAUAAGCUUGUGCUGAGAGCAACUGUACUCGUCCUGACCGAGCUGGCGUCGAGGGACGACAGCGUCGUCCAGACGUUGACUAGGGUUGACUCGGAUGUCGAAUGUGUGGUCGAGCUUUUCAAGAAAGGUCUAACGGAGGCCGUGGUGUUGGUUCAUCUAUUGAAGCCUUCAGCUAAGAUCCUCUUAGAAAUGGAGUUGGUUGACUAUCUUUUGGCAACGGUUACUAAAACAGAGGACAAUGGCGUGGCGAAGAUGUGCGUGGGGCCGAAAACGGCAUCUCUGGUUCUGUUGGGGAAUAUUCUCCGGGGCUGCGACGAAGAAGCACGUGUGUCGGAGAUUGUGAGGAGCGUUGUUUCGAGCGGGGCGAUUGAGGGAGUUGUGGUGAGUUUGAAAGGCGGUGACGUGACGGAAAGGGUGGCGGCUGUGGGCGUGUUGCUGAGGUGUAUUUUGGAGGAUGGGAAGUGUCGGAAUGUAAUUGCUGAGAAAUCGGAAUUAGGGUUUCUGUUGGAGAUGUUUGUUGGAGUGAAUGAUGUGCAGAAGUUUGAGAUUGUUCGUUUUCUUUUCGAACUGGUUAAACUGAACAGGAGGAGUUUGAAUGAUCAAAUCUUGCAUGUGUUGAGAGAUGAGGGCACUUUUAGUACAAUGCACACUCUUUUGGUUUACCAACAAAACUCGGUUUUCGAACGGUCUCCGAUUGUCGCUGGUCUACUUCUGCAGCUUGAUCUUCUUGAAGAGCCAAGAAAGAUGAGCAUAUACAGAGAAGAGGCGAUCGAUACACUUAUCUCGUGUCUAAGAAACACUGAAUCGCCAUCUGCUCAAAUAACUGCAGCAGAGACUAUUUUGUCCUUACAGGGAAGAUUCUCGUAUUCAGGCAAAUCUCUAUCGAGAGCCAUUCUUCUCAAACGAGCGGGCCUCGAUAAAAACUACAAAGCCUUCAUGCGAAAAGAUCAACGCCGACGCAGCAUAUCCCUCGAAUCUCAAGACAACAUGGAAGACGAGAGAAAUGCCGAAGAGUGGGAAAGAAAAGUUGCGUUUGUUCUCGUGAGCCACGAAUUCGGACUAGUGUUUGAGGCGCUCGCGGAGGGACUGAAAAGUAAAUACGAAGAGUUGCAAUCGCUUUGCUUUAUGACAGCUACUUGGCUUGUGUACAUGCUCUCGAUUCUGCCCGAUACUGGGAUUAGAGGAGCAGCACGCGUGUGCUUGCUCAAGCAUUUCAUCUCGAUUUUUAAAUCCGAUAAAGACACCGAAAAUCGAGCCCUCGCCAUGCUGGCGUUGAACAGUUUUACUCAAGGAUUUCAAGAUUUAGGAGGUCACAUGAAAGAUAUUAUGAAAGGAUUAAGGGAGCUUAAGAAAUCGUCUACGAUGGCAUUUGAGAUGCUGAAAGUUUUUUCGGCGGAGCAUGAUAAUAGUGCUGAUAUAUGGAAUCAUCAAGAACUAAGUCAGGAAGAUUGUAGUAGCAAUGGAGAAGUUUUAACGGUUACUUGCUUUAAAGGCAAAAUAUUCUCCGGCCAUUCGGACGGAACAAUAAAGGUCUGGAAGAGCGAAAACUCCGAAUUAAAUCUUAUCCAAGAAAUACACGAACACACGAAACACGUUACGAGCUUGGCUGUCGUUCAUUCGUCGGAGAAACUCUAUAGUGGUUCACUCGAUAAAACUGUGAGGGUAUGGGCAAUAACCGAGGAAGGAAUAUACUGCGAACAAGUUCAGGAAACGAAGGAUCAAAUAAAUACCCUCGUAGUUGCUAAUAGCAUCGCAUGCUAUAUUCCUCAAGGAGCUGGUGUUAAGGUGCAUUCGUGGAAUGGAUCGUCUAAAGUACUAAAUCAACACAAGUACGCCAAAUGUUUGGCUCUCGUACAAGGAAAACUCUACUGUGGAUGCAACGAUAAUAGCAUUCAGGAAAUAGAUUUGGCCACAGGAACACUUGGGAAUAUACAGAGUGGCUCGAAGAAAUUAAUCGGGAAAGUUUAUCCUAUUUACGCAUUGCAAGUUUAUGACGGAUUAAUUUACGGAGCCGGCCCUUCGUUCGAUGGAUCAAAUGUUAAGAUAUGGAGUACUUCAAACUAUAGUAUCGUGGGGUCGUUGGCUUCGACUUUGGAUAUACGGACUAUGAGUGUAAGUUCGGAAUUAAUAUACUUGGGGUGUAAAAGUGGGGUUAUCGAAAUUUGGUGCAAGAAAAAGCUUAGUAGAGUCGAAACGCUUCAAAUUAUCCCGACGAGUCGAAUUCUUUGCAUGGCUAUUGAUACGAACGAAGAUUUUUUAGUUGUCGGGACUUCUGACGGUAGAAUUCAGACAUGGGGUUUCAGCUGAAGGAGACUGCAAUUGAUCAUGUUUUACAUUUUUUGGGGGCUUGGAAUAAAUAUAUUAAUUAAUAUAGGAUAUUCAAGAAAUAUGUAUAUAUGUAGAAAAAUGAUUGAUGCAUUGUAAUCUAUGUAGUGCGAAAACUUCUAUUUAUUAACGUUUCCACGUUUUGGACACGUUUCGUGUCCGAUACUCGAAGACACCUAUCGAACACGUUAUAAGCCAUUUUGCAACUUCUUAAAAGUUAGAACGUGUUUGGAAACAAAUUUCUA